AUGACAGAUCACCAAAUCGACAGUGCCUUGAAAACCAAGCCAUAUAACGCCACAGCUGUCACUUACGUCGUCGCCGCCUCUGAUCGUGCUUGGAUUUCAUUUUCAUCAGACAGCACGAUCAUGGUCUUUCCAAAAGACUUCAUCUAUCCAUCCACUGCAGUGCUAGCAUCGCCAUCGCAAGCUGUAGUUGCAUUUGUGUCUUCAGUUAUGAGCUUCGGUUUAGGAUUUAUUCUGUUGAGUUUAACCGAUUCCAAUGAAGGGCCACGAGGGUCAUCAGGUAUGAUGGGAUCCACCGGUCCUACAGGAAUAAUAGGAUCUAUCGGAUCAACUGGACCAACAGGAUCAGCAGGACCAACAGGGUCAACAGGAUCAAAUGGUUCAGCAGGAUCAGCAGGAUUGACUGGAGAAACAGUGCAAACUGCAUCAUCUGGUGAAACCGGUGUAGCCGGUACAACUGGUUCAACUGGUUCAACUGGUUCAAUUGGUUCUUCCGGUCAAACAGGGUCAACAGGUGCAACAGGUGACACUGGCGCAGAUGGUAUUUUUGAUGACGAUCCUCCAAUCGAACCGUAA